AUGGCUCAAAAAUAUGCACCAUAUGGCCUUUGGGAGUCCCCCAUCACAGCUGAUGCCAUUGCUCAGGAUAGUGUCUCCUUGAGUACUAUCUUUGUAGAUCCAGUCACAAAGGAUAUCUACUACAUCGAACAACGUGCAUCGGAGGCUGGUCGAUGCGUUGUUGUGAGUAAUAAGACUCAAAAGGAAGUCUUCGACAAGGACUUCAAUGCGCGCACGCGCGUUCAUGAAUAUGGUGGAGGUGCUGCGAUCUCUUAUAAUGGGACUGUGUACUCUUCAAACUUCGCGGACUUCCGUGUCUAUGCCGCGAAAGAUGGGAAGAUCAAACCAAUCACACCAGAGGACCCAAAUAAGAUUUAUCGCUAUGCAGAUUUCUGUGUACACCCAGUACACACAGAUCUACUCGUCGCUAUCUUAGAAGACCAUACCGACGACACGCCGCGUACCGUGCGAAAUUCUCUUUGUAUCAUCAACUCCACAGCUGUCACUGUCACGUCCUUGGUUUCCACCGAGGACGCACAAAGUGAGUUCUAUGCAGCACCGAGAUUUUCCCCUUCUGGCGAUAAGCUCGCAUGGCAGUUCUGGAAACACCCAGACAUGCCUUGGGAGGGUGGACAGAUCUACGUGGCUGACGUCCAUUACAAUUCCAACACCCAUAAACUUAGCCUGAGCAAUGCGAAGCUGGUCGCCGGCGAAGCUAACAAUAUUGGCGCGUGUUACCCCCUGUGGGCCUCCAACGACAAACUUCUAUUUACCUCUGACGAAAGCAAGUUUGCAAACUUGUGGGAGUAUACCCAGACGUGCACCAAACCAGUUCUCUCGUCUGUCGUGCAGCAAGACUUCUGCAUGCCAUGCUGGACGCUUGGUAAUUACUCGUUCGCUUUCCUGGACGAGAAUGGCACAAAAGCUAUCUGUGUUGCAUGGCGGGAUGGCCGAAGUGUCCUUUAUGUGGUUGAUGUCGCCGCAGGUUCCUACCUGGAGAUCAAAGAUGAAUCAUUCGACUUUGUAGUGGUAAACAAUGUCUGUCGUCUGUCAGACUACACUUUUGUCUUCACGGGAUGGCAAAGCAACGCUCCUGGCGCAGCUAUGCUCUGCACUCUUACGGGACCAUCAUUCGUGCCAAAUUUCCGGGUGCUCAGCUCUACCGCAUCGACGUCCGCCGUGCCGUUCCCUGAGGGCAUCAUUUCGCUUCCAACCCCGCUUGAACUUAAAGUAGCGGGUGACAAGAUUGUAUAUGCCGUGUACUACGCUCCCAACAACCCAGCGUAUGCGGGUUCGAGCAUUCCCAACGAAAAGCCGCCUUGCGUGCUUGGCGUACACGGUGGUCCCACAGGAUUAGAGACCCAGAAUUUGAACUGGCAGAAGCAGUAUUUCACAAGCAGAGGAUAUGCUUGGUUGGAUGUGAACUACAGUGGCUCUUCGUGCUAUGGACGCGCAUAUGUGGAGCGCCUCCAAGGGAAUUGGGGCAUUACAGACGUGAGCGACUGCAUUGACGCAGUCCAAUCACCCCAAAUCAGUUCCCUCGUCGAUACCAAGCGCACUGCGAUCCGUGGCGGGAGCGCUGGCGGGUAUACUACCCUUGCCGCCAUUUCCCUUGACUCCUCCCCGGCGAGCAAGACGAAAUUUUUCGCAAGUGCUACGAACAGCUUUGGGAUUUCAAACAUGGAGCUGUUUGCAAACGAUACGCACAAGUUCGAGCUCAUGUACGUCAUAAAGCUUCUCGGUGGUACGAAGGACAAGAUUCCGAAAGUUUGGCACGACCGGAGCCCGGAGUAUUUUUCUGCAAACAUCAAAACCCCUUUGCUCGUUCUUCAAGGCAAUGAUGAUGCAAUUGUUCCGCCAGCACAAUCCUGGACUAUUAUUGAUGGGGUCCUUAAAUCUAAGGGACAUGUUGAGGCGCAUUUCUUCGAUGGCGAACAGCAUGGGUGGCGCACAUCGGAGACGAUUAAAAAGGCAAUUGAGUUCGAGAGGGAAUGGUACGAGAAGAGCAUGGUGAGGUCCACUGUAGCAACUUGA